AUUUAAAAGAUAAUGGAUUGGUAUCGGGCAUUCCUUUUUUGAUGAUGGCUCUUUUUGCAUUCCCUGCAAGUAUAGUAGCCGACUAUUUAAGAGCUGGUGACUAUCUACGUGUCACCACAAUCAGAAAAAUAAUGAAUAGCAUUGCAUUUUUUGGGCCAGCUUUGUGUGCUGUAGCUAUCGCCUUUGUGGGUUGCCGUCCAAUUAUCAUAAUUGUAUUAUUUUCUUUGUCCUUUGGUUUGAAUGGCUUGCUUUAUUCCAGUUUUAUGGUUAAUCACGUUGACAUGAGCCCGAAGUUUGCUGGAACUCUUCUUGGAAUAACAAAUGCAAUUGCAACACUGCCAGGUUUUCUUGCACCAGCGUUUGUUGGAGUAAUUCUUAAAAGCGGGCAAACACUUAGAAACUGGGCUUUUGUUUACAUCAGCUCAGCUAUUAUCCAUUUCUUAUGUGGUCUUUUCUACGACAUUUUUGCCUCUGCAGAAUUGCAGCCUUGGAAUGAAGAAAACGAAAAGAAAGAAACUGAAAAGAAAAUCUUAACAUUUUCAGAUGAAUAUGUGUACCGUUCAAAAAUAUAGAUCAUUUUUCAUUC